UUAAUAAACAAGUCGAUGUUCCUUUGCUCAACACCGGCGGCUCCUGACCAAUCACAGUAGUUUAGUGUGAGGCUGGACCAAUCACAGCUCUUGUCUGCUGUGAACCAUGUAAAUAUUGUUUGUUGUAAACUUUCAGUUUCGAGUUGAAGCGGUUAAAGUCACGAUGGCGUCCGAUCUGAGGAAAGAGCUGGAAGAGUUUCUCAAGCGUCUGAAUAUCGACACGACCUGCAUCGACCAUCCAGAGGUGUUUACGGUGGAGGAGAUGAUGCCUCAUGUGGCUCAUCUGAGCGGCGCGGUCACCAAGAACCUGUUCCUGAAGGACAAGCGUAAGAAGAGCCUGUGGCUGCUGAGCGUGCGGCACGACCGGCGGCUGGACCUGGGCGAGGUGUCUCGGCGUCUGGGGCUCGGCGGAGGGAACCUGCGGCUGGCGGACGAGGCUCUGCUGCUGGAGACGCUGCGUGUGCGGCAGGGCUGCGUGACGCCGCUCGCGCUCUUCUGCGACUCCGCCCGCAGCGUGACGGUGGUGCUGGACCAAGACCUGACCCACGGCGCACACCAGCGGCUCUAUUUCCACCCCAUGACCAACAGCGCCACCAUGGGGCUCAAACCUGACGACCUGCUGCGCUUCCUGAGGGAGACGGACCACGAGCCUGUCCUGCUGAACCUCGACUAACACUAGCCGCGUUUACAUUACAGAUUUGGGAAAAACUGUUGCGAUAUUUUCUAAAUGUCAAUAAAAAACUAUUGGGAAAUGAUGGAUUUUCCAUUAACCGAAGUUAUGCACAUGAAACAUUAUUUUUUACUCUCAUAAGUCAAAAAAAAUCAUGGGAACGGAACGGAUGCUGCUAGGUUUACGUAUAUCAGCCGCUGCUCUAGCCAUUAUUAGUAAUGGAAGGAGACGUAGGUGUGUUUUCCAACUUUAAUGUCAAGAAAAGACCCUUACACUGGGAGCGGCACGUAUGAGGUGUUUCUGGGUCAGUUCUGCUUCAAGCUCUUGAUAAACUGUGGCAUUUCUUUGUUGUUUAGAAUCUAGUAUUCCCAUAAUUCCUGAACUUGUAUGAGUUUAAUAAAGAACUCUGUCUCGGCUCUUGUCUAAACAUACCGUGCCUUCUGUAAAGAAUGAUCAUGUGGCUUUUACGUACGUCAGGUGACU